CCUCGUCUUCUAAGGGCUUUCUUUGUUACCUUUUGUUUGUAAGAUUUAUUCUACAAUGCGCUGACACUUCGACAUGUCGUCCCCAGCACCAACUUUUGGAGUACCAGACUACGAACCCGAAAGCGAAACAGGUACCGGCAACGCCGAGCCAGCGGCCGAGAAUCGUGUUAUUGAAGGCAGUCCACAAGCAACAGAUCUCCCUCAACCCGCUAGCGACGAUAAUGUUCCUCUAGACAGCAAAAGCAACCCGUCUCGCCCGUCGUCCUCAAAACAGGACUCUGAGAAUGACAAGAUCCAUGCCAACCAGAUCGAUGCCGUGAUGACGAAAACCGAUGACACUUCCUCCAACCACCGCCUCAACUUCACAGAAACUGCCAAACAUGCCGCGGGAAAAGUAUCACGAACGCUCCAUCUGCACCGUGGAGAAAACGCGCGCGGCCCCAGCGAAGCGCGCCAAAGGCGACAGUCUCGCCUCCCUGCGAGUGAUGAUGAUGAUGAUGAUGCACCGAACUUGCCCCUCUAUAUCCACCUCCGGAACGCGGUGUAUGGCUCCCUGAUCAUGUUCACCACCUUCCCGUACUGGGACAUGGCAUUCUGGAGCGGCUGGUCGUACACCUGGGGCUCUGUGCUCUUCGUCAUCGACGGCGUGUGGGCAUGGACGCCUCUCCAAUGGCCCAGUUCAGAGUUUACUGGAGAGUCUGAAUACGGAGUCGGCUUGCUGUUCUUCUUCGGCGCCGUCCUCUACCAGCUCGGCGCCACGAUGGCGUAUCUCGAAGCGAUCAACGACGGGUCAUUCGGGGGCCCAGCGAUGAAGCGACAUCUCGAAGGGCACGAUGACGAGAAGAAGAAACUGCUGGACGGGAAGUUACACAUGUUCUUCGGCCAUAUGAUACCGCACCACCACCACCACGAUGACGACGAUGAAGAUUUCGACAAACAGAAGUCAGUUGACCCCGAAGCUGGUUGGAACACAAGGGAUAGGGCCGAGCGACCUGGGUCUAUCUACCCCGAAGACAAGGCUCCUGCUCCGCGACGUGGUGGCGUAGACAUGGGCCCCACCGACGAAGGCGAGUUCCAUGAGUACCUGACCUGGCGCUGGUGGCCGACCUGGCACGCUCUGAAAACGUACCAUAUCAAAGAGAUCGGAUAUGUCGCCUGCUCCAUUCAACUACUCGGCGCAACACUCUACGGCAUCUGUGGAGUCAUCGCGUUGCCUGGCAUCCUCUCCAACUUCCAGCCGUGGCAAGAACUGGGCGGGUACUGGAUCCCGCAAACGGUCGCCUCAUGCUGCUUCCUCACGGCCGGCGUAAUGUUCACACUCAUCACGCAGGAUAAGUGGUACCGACCCCUACCGGGCCGUAUCGCCUGGUGGAUUGGAGUCUGGGCUACGAUAGGGUCUAUGGGGUUCUUAAUGUCUGCUGCCUUCGGAAUACGCGCGAACGACCUUACCUGGUGCGAAUACCAAAGUUCUCUGGCGAGCGUGUGGGGCUCCUUUGCAUACUUGGUUAGUAGCUGGCUGCAGUGGUACGAAUCUGUCAAUAAAGGACCCGUUCUAGCGUUCCCCAACAAUCGCAUUCCGACGUUAAUGAGAGACCGUAUGGCUAGAACAUGAUGGUUAACGAAUAUGUAUUUCAUAUAUACUUUGUUUGUUCACACCCACUCAAUCGUGCUAAUUGGCCACGGUUCCCUGACUCUCUGCUCAAGCGAUCCGUCGUCAGUUCUUCUGUGUUUGUUCAGAUGCAGUAGUCCCGGUGCCCAAUCGCCAAUGAUUACGCGCAAGCAUGUAAGCCUGCGCCAUUCAUUCUCUCGAUGUCCAGUCGUUUCGAGGACCAGCGUCCAUAGUAUCACAUCUUCAUACACGCUCACUAGCAUGAAGAGUUGCAAAAGAGCAAAUAUUUGUCCAGGGUGUCCUUCGUGCAUAUGAAACAUGUGAGAGAGCGUCGGAGGCACAACGAUAUCGUGACGUUCCGCGUCUACGUGACGCAGUGCUGUAGUGUCU